UUCGUCUUCCAUACCUCAGGCUCGGCCCCAGCUUCCGUCAACGUUGGGGCCCACAACGCAUUAACAUUCUUGCGUUCGUUCACAGGUCACACAUCUCUUCCGAACCUGGGGUCUGGUUUACGAGCCUCCACCGAGCCCGGGGCCUAAUUUUCCCGCUCACACUGCCACAGUUGGGACUCGGGAUUGCACUCUUCCUUUGUCUUACAUUACUUACUCCUUCACUAAAACUUAGCGAAGUCAUAGUGACCAAAACCAAAAGCCAAACCUCCUAUUUCUCUUCCCCUUCUCUCUGAAAUGCGCUUCUUCUUCUAUUUCUGAUCAUCUUCAGCUCAGCUCUUGAAGAACAUGGGAAGGUCUUGGAUUUUCGAUAGUCGAACGAUUGCAAGAAAAGUCAGAAACAUCAGUCAAUGUUCUUCACAAGUAAUUAAAGAUUGUGAUGCGAAACGAGAAUGUCCAAACUGUCACUUUAUUAUUGAUAAUACAGAUGUUUCUCCUGAAUGGCCUGGAUUGCCUGCUGGUGUUAAGUUUGAUCCAACUGAUGAAGAAAUAAUGGAUCACUUAGCGGCAAAGUGUGCUGAUGGAAACUUAAAGCCGCAUGCCUUAAUUGAUGAAUUCAUCCCCACACUAGAAACAGACCAGGGAAUCUGCUACACUCAUCCAGAAAAUCUCCCCGGUGUUAGAAAAGAUGGGAAUGAUGCCCAUUUCUUUCACAAAACAAGCAAUGCAUAUGCUUCAGGUCAAAGGAAGCGCCGUAAGAUCGAAACUGAACAUAGUUCAAGCAUUGAACAUUUCCGCUGGCAUAAGACAGGUAAGAACAAAGCUGUGAUAGAAAAUGGUGUUCAUAAGGGAUGGAAGAAGAUCUUCUCUCUGUAUCGAAGUUCGAAGAAAGGCUCAAAGCCCGAAAAAUCUAACUGGGUGAUACAUCAAUAUCAUUUGGGAACUGAAGAAGAUGAGAAGGAAGGCGAAUACGUUGUGUCGAAGAUUUCUUAUCAACAGCCAAAGCAAUCCAGUAAGAGCAGUGAUAAUGUGCUCAUUGAGGAUUUUGAUGCCACACCCCAUCGAACUAGUCCUAGAACUCCCAUGUCGAAUCCUCCGGUUCCGCCUCGACCUGGAAAAUCUUAUUCCUUCAAUGCUGUUGCUGCCAAUGCUCUGCCUCAGUCAUUUGCAAAAGAAGAGGAGUCGACUCCGGAGGCAUCUCAUGCUUCUUGUCCUAAUAUUUCAUCGGAGAAUGAUAUGGGAUACUUGGCAUGGUUGGCCGGAGAAUCCCAGGAUAUAGAUGAUGCUGAAUUACAUUUCCUUGAAGACAACUUAUUGUGCAAUGAAGUCAUGGAUUCUGGUGCUUUUCUAAGUAGCAGCCAACUGAAUCAAAUCUCUUUCCCUCUCUCCAAUAGCAGCACUUGCCACGAGAUUGUGAAUGGUAACGUUCCGUGCGGAAUUGCAGACCUCGAGAACCUCGAAUUGGAUACUCCACCUGAUUUCCAUCUUGCUGACCUGCAGUUUGGUUCUCAGGAGAGCAUUUUCGACUGGAUCGACAGGAUAUGAAGUGAAUAUUGAACCGAAAUCCCAUGAAAAUAACAUGGCAUUUCGUGGUAAAACUCUUCGCAGCCAUUUGGCUUUGAAUGUCAUGGCAUUUCGCCCUUUGCAAGCCAUCUGAAUUUCGAAAUUCCGAGGCAUGUUACGACUUACACCCAUAUCUAUCAGUUAUUUCGAACUGUCAGGUUAUCAAAAUCAAAAAACAGGCGGAGAGCAACAGACCCCGUGAUCAAGCUGGUUCUUGCUCAAAUUUUGUGUUAGGUGCACCAUGAAGGUGCUUGAAGGUUAGUUCAUGUUUUUGAGAUGGGUGGCUGGGAAAAUGUGGAAACUGAUGAUCUACUAUUUGGUUUUGGAUGUACUUAAUAUCUUCUGUGAUUACUGGUUUGAAAAAGUGUAGAGCUGGUGAUGCAUUUUGAGAAGAUGCAUGCAUGCAGUCGGUGACAUUCAUCUUUUGGCUAACUUUAAUCACACUUUGUAUAAGAAAUGUGUGGUAUU